UUCGGUUAUUUGAUUAAUCAUUAAUUUUCUUUCUUGCUUUAUCAGUGCACAUUUUCAUACCUUCAACAUAGCAUGCACAAAUUACCAAAGACAGUUUCCAUAAAAAAACGAACAUUACGCCCGCUCCGAAAGAAAUAGAAAGAAAAAAUCCUAUGCAGGGAAACACGAAUGUGAAUGAUCAUGACAAUCACAAAGCGACACCAAAUUCACGAUAUUAAACCCAAUAACAGGGAGACUGCUAAAGACUGGGGCGUUGAUGGUGUCCUGCGUUGUCCACCUGGUCUUGGCUUUCCUCCUUCUGCAUGCCCUUCGCGAGAACGACCUGCGUAAGAUGUGGGCGUGGCUGGGGGUGCGUGUGGUCGUGUUGGUGACUGACCUACUGAUGGGUGUGGUAGAAGCUGUCAACGAGGACGAGCAGCGGAGGUAUGCUGUCUGCUUUCUAAGCUUCUGCCUGGUGUCCGUCGGUAACGUUUGGGUCGUCAGGAUAUUUGCCCUUCAUGUAACAGGAGGUGUGAAGGACAAUGUGAAGGACAAAAUCACAGCACGUUACAAACAUGUUCAGGACACGUCAUGGAAACAUUGUCUUCUUCUCACGUCAAGAGGAACACUUGAACCGCAUUGCUACGUGAUUCGUCUUAAUUAAUGUUUAAUUAAUGUGCAGAAAAAAAAAGUGGAGAGGCUCCCUUUCUCUUCUUUGAUGUCGUUAUCACUGUUAUUAUUAUCGUCAUAUUUUACACCCUUUUGCUUCUUUCCCCUGUUAUCGUUAUUCUCAUUAACAUUGGCAUUAUUAUAAUUAAUGUUCUCACUAUUAUUUUUUUUUAUCAUCAUCA